GCUGGGCGGGACCGGAAGGUGGUCUCAGCUCAGGGGUGUCGGGGUCUGGGGCUCGACGUUGGUCCCCAGGGGAUGUGGAGAGCUGGCAGCAUGUCGGCGGAUCUGGGAGUCGCGUUUGCUCUGCGGGCAGUGAAUGAGCGCGUGCAGCAGGCGGUGGCGCGGCGACCUCUGGAUCUCCCAGCCAUCCAGCCCCGACUGGUAGCAGUCAGCAAAACCAAACCUGCCGACAUGGUGAUUGAGGCCUACACUCACGGCCAGCGCACUUUCGGGGAGAACUAUGUUCAGGAACUGCUAGAAAAAGCAUCAAAUCCUAAAAUUCUGUCUUCAUGUCCUGAGAUCAAAUGGCACUUCAUUGGCCACCUACAGAAACAAAAUGUCAACAAAUUAAUGGUUGUCCCCAAUCUCUUCAUGUUGGAAACAGUGGAUUCUGUGAAGUUGGCAGACAAAGUGAACAGUUCGUGGCAGAAAAAAGGUUCUUCUGAAAGGUUAAAAGUUAUGGUCCAGAUUAACACCAGUGGAGAAGAGAGUAAGCAUGGCCUUCUACCUUCAGAGACAGUAGCCGUGGUGGAGCACAUAAAGGCCAAGUGCCCCAGCCUGGAAUUCGUGGGGCUGAUGACCAUAGGAAGCUUUGGGCAUGAUCUUAGUCAAGGACCAAAUCCAGACUUCCAGAUGUUAUUGUCACUGCGGGAGGAGCUGUGUAAAAAGCUGAACAUCCCUACUGACCAGGUUGAGCUGAGCAUGGGCAUGUCCGUGGACUUCCAGCACGCAAUUGAAGUGGGAUCUACAAAUGUCCGCAUAGGAAGCACCAUUUUUGGAGAGCGAGAUUACUCAAAGAAACCUGCCCUGGACAAGUCCGCAGCAGACGUGAAGGCCACUGUGGAGGUGACACAGGCACACUAAACCAAGAACAACCAGCAGUGGCUCACAGCCUGUGGGCCCUGUCCGGGAAGACUAACUAUGCACUCACCUGGAUUUUCAUUUUGGUACUCCCUAGGUUACAGCACACCCGUGCUCUCCCUGUGACCUGGAGAGAGUGCACUGAGGAUUUUCUGUGUUGAUGGAAACCAUCUUUAUUUAGUGUCUGACAUAGGAAGCUCACUUCAAGUAGUGGCCUUUGAAUUGCCUUUGAGAAAUUCAGACAGUUCUGCAGCACAGAUACCGAAUCGAUAGCCAGGAACUGAGUUCAGUGUUAAAUCCUGCUCUGGAGCACCAACCAACCCAUGAAUGCCUUUCCCAGGUUAAAAUUGGGUCACUGAUGCUUAUAAUCACCAAAGUCAGAGGGAUUCCCAUUUGUCAUCCACUUUAAUAGAAAAUUCCCUGUAGUUACAACUUCAUACAAACCCCUACUGAGUAAUCAUCUUUGCUGCUCUGGAGCGAGGGGAUCUCUGCCCCCAGUUUCCAUCCCACUCAGUAAAUAUUUGCCUCUACUCUGGAAUAGCAGUACAGGUAAUUUCAGGAAAUGGCUCGAGUUAUUGCUCUAAACCCAAAUUGUUGCUGAUGAGCAUUUGUGUCAUUGGCCUCCCUGUGAUGUUGACCCUGAAAAUUACGGGGUAACAUAAAUGGGACUUGAGGCUUUCUGUCACCCUCUCGCAGAGACAGAACUUGGAGCUUUUUCCCCGGGCCCUACUACAGUGAUGAGAAGUUAAUGAUAAUGAUUUUUCCCCCACCAUAAUCCUCUCUGAUGAUUUCUUAAUCAAAGACCAGUGAAUCUCGUAGCUCUCCAGAAAUGAAAGAUUCCUGCAAAGCCAGUUCAGGCUCACAGUUUCAACAAGGCCUGGCUUGGAGUUCGUGUUCUGAGGAGCAUCCACUGUAUAAGCCAGAAUUUUGCAACUCUUCUUGAUUGUUAAUAAAAUAGCGAGAUCUUAAUAAACCAGAAAGCACAAUUCUCAGUCAUAACAGAUGACUUUAGUCUGGGUUGUUGUUUAUGUUCUAGAUUAUUUUGUCUUAAUUUUAUGAAAUAACUUUCAGAACAUGAUGCUGCUGCCGAAUAUAAUUUUGUAAGACUUCAACCAUCAUGAUUCCUGUACUGUUUCAAUGAGAGCUCGAGUGUGGUAUUUCAAAGUCUAUUAAAUAAAAAUAUGAGUUUGAAUUAUGCCAUCUGUGCCAAUUACAAAGCAAUUAAAAGAUUUAUUUUUUA